CCCUCCACACCACACCCAUGCCCUUCAACAGCCUCUGCCGUCCCUGCGGACCCACCCCACUGGCCAACAGCUGCAACGAGCCCUGUGCCCUGCAAUGCCAGGAUUCCCGCGUCAUCAUCAACCCUUCCCCUGUGCUGGUCACCCUGCCAGGACCCAUCAUGACCUCCUUCCCCCAGAACACCGCCGUCGGAUCCACCUCCUCGGCUGCCGUGGGCACUGAGCUCAGUGUGCAGGGACAGCCCAUCUCUGGUGGCUUUGGUGGCUUUGGCUAUGGCGUUGGCUAUGGCCGUGGAUUUGGCAAUGGGCUGGGCUAUGGCUGUGGAUUUGGCUAUGGCCUUGGCUAUGGCUAUGGGCUAGGAGGCCUGGGCUGCUAUGGCAGAAGGGGCUAUGGCUACAACUUCUAAGACCUCUCAGUACCACUCC